UCACAACACGCGCUCGGUAUGGUUCAUCUGACACUUUCCCUAAAUGCCAUCCGUAAAGCUACAAAGUUGAACUGUUUAACCAACUUAUACCAGUCUUUUAAAUGUCGAAACUUAAGUUACACAAGCGGAUACACUAUUGUUGACCAUUCAUUCGAUGCGGUGAUUGUUGGUGCAGGUGGGGCGGGUUUACGUGCAGGUUUCGGCCUCGCAAAUGAGGGUUUCAAAACUGCAAUUAUAACAAAAUUAUUUCCGACGAGAUCUCACACUGUUGCUGCUCAGGGUGGGAUAAAUGCUGCUCUCGGUAAUAUGGAGCCUGAUGACUGGCGUUUCCAUAUGUAUGACACAGUCAAAGGUUCCGAUUGGUUAGGUGACCAGGAUGCUAUUCAUUACAUGUGUGAAGAAGCCCCACAAGCCGUUAUCGAGUUGGAAAACUAUGGAGUACCUUUUAGUCGCUUGGAGAACGGCAAAAUAUACCAGAGAGCAUUCGGUGGUCAAAGCAUAGACUAUGGGCGCGGUGGUCAGGCCCAUCGCUGUUGUGCAGUUGCGGAUCGAACUGGGCAUUCACUUUUGCACACAUUAUAUGGCCGGUCAUUACGUUAUGACGCCACUUAUUUCAUCGAAUAUUUCGUAUUGGAUCUUCUCAUGGAAAAUGGCGAGUGCCGUGGUGUCAUCGCUGUGUGCUUAGAGGAUGGGACUUUGCAUCGUUUCCGUUCUAGAAAUACAGUUCUUGCUACAGGGUAUGUCGUUUGUCUUAGCUCUUAUCAGAUAGGGGUUAUGGUCGUACAUACUUUUCCUGUACUUCAGCACAUACUUGUACAGGUGAUGGGACGGCAAUGGUCACACGGGCUGGGUUGCCUAAUCAAGACAUGGAGUUUGUUCAGUUUCAUCCCACAGGUAAGUGUGGAUAUUUUCUGUAACUUCAAAGGAAUUUAUGGGGCUGGGUGUUUAAUCACCGAGGGCUGUCGAGGUGAGGGUGGUUACCUCAUUAAUAGUAAAGGAGAGAGAUUUAUGGAGAGAUAUGCUCCUAAUGCUAAAGAUCUAGCUUCCCGGGACGUUGUAUCAAGAGCAAUGACAAUUGAGAUUCGCGAAGGACGAGGAGUUGGCCCUAGGAAAGACCACAUAUUUUUGCAACUUUCUCAUCUUCCGGCAGACCAACUGCACAGUCGGCUCCCUGGUAUAUCAGAGACAGCAAAAAUUUUCGCAGGUGUUGAUGUUACAAGGGAUCCUAUUCCUGUGUUACCUACCGUUCACUAUAAUAUGGGAGGAAUUCCUACAAAUUAUAAAGGACAGGUGCUGACUUAUGAUCCGGUUGCUAAGAAAGAUAAGGUUGUCCCUGGACUAUAUGCUGCUGGUGAAGCUGCUUCUGCAUCGGUUCACGGCGCUAAUAGACUAGGUGCCAACUCACUACUUGACAUAGUUGUGUUUGGUCGUGCAUGUGCGCUUGACAUUGCUGCGAAAAAUAAACCUGGAGACGCAGGUCCAGAGUUAAAACCAGAUACUGGAGAGGUUUCCAUCGCUAACUAUGAAAAACUCAGGACCGCAAAUGGAAGUUAUCCAAUUGCACAAGUUCGAUUAGAAAUGCAGCGAACAAUGCAAGAGUAUGCCGCAGUAUUUCGUGAUGGUCCUACUCUCAAAGAGGGCUGUAAAAAAAUGUAUGAAUUAUAUGUUUCUCGAAUGAAUGAUUUAAAAGUUAGUGAUCGCAGCAAAAUAUGGAAUAGUGACCUAAUGGAAGCGUUAGAGUUACAGAAUCUGAUGCUAAACGCUUUACAGACUAUUGUUGGGGCUGAAGCCCGUAGAGAAUCGCGUGGUGCUCAUGCACGUGAAGAUUUUCCUAAUCGAUUAGAUGAAUUCGACUACUCUAAACCUAUCGAUGGACAAAAACCUAGGCCAUUUGAAGAACAUUGGCGAAAACAUACCCUGUCUUAUCAGGAUGUUAAAACGGGUGCUGUAAAAUUGGAGUAUCGUCCUGUAAUUGAUACCACCUUGGAUUCUAAGAGCUGUCCAACUGUCCCUCCAAAACUACGCACUUAUUAGGUUAGUUAGAUUUUUUAAAUCCUCUCUCAUGGCGAAAAGUAAAGUUCUGUUUUGUUUCAUGUUCGUAAGUCAAAGUGUUUCUUCGAGUUAUUCAUGCAUUUUUACGAUGGAUGGAAGAUUUGUUUAAACGUUUGAGGUUGACUGUUAUUCCUCUGGAUAAAAUUUCAGUAGUUUGUGUGAUUUUUUUAUCUACAAAUAUUAAUUCUUUGAGCUUCCGAGUCGCAUGUGUAAAGAUAUCCUAAUCGCCUCAUUCGAUAAAUGUUCAUAGCAAGUUUCACAGUUUACGAAGUAGGUUUGACCUCAAGAUAAGUCACCUAAUGGCCCCACCUUAUGCAAACAUCCAAGGAAAUUUACGAUUGACUUACAAUUUACGUGAUUUAUCAUUAAAUAUAAUCUUCAAUCAAUAUUUGGUAAAAAAAAGGCAAUCUAAAUCACAGAAGCACAAACUGAAUAGUUGGUGGUUUACAAAUCUGUUGACGCUGCAUCUUUUCGAUUACUUACACUCUUGUUAGACAAUUAUUAAGUUAUUAAAAUAAACAUACAAUGCGAACCAAUCCGGUCAUUACACCACUCAGUUUUCUUGUAUAGUUUCUUGUAUAACAUUUUGCUUAUUUACUUUUUUAUUGAGAAUGAUGUAAAUAUAAUAUGGUUUGAUUUAAGUUUAAAUUUGCACUGUCUUUGUGUAUUGUAUAGAUCGGAAUGUUACUUUAAUGUUUAUUGGUGUGGAUAAUAGGAAAUUUGACAUUGUGAACGCAUUGAAGGAUAUUUAGCUAUGGUUAGUAGUAUGAAUAGAAUAAAUAAAUCUCAAAGUAAAAAUUUCAAUAUUCACAUCAUAGUAAUGAAUAAAACUAACACUAAAAUUAGUUUUAAUCCAUUGAAACUGUAAAACAGCGUAACUAAUAAAUGAUAUUUCGGAAAUUUGCGAGAAGUUAAAUUUUUCUGUUGACUAUUACUAUUUCAGUUUUGUUUAUCAUAAUACUGACUAGUAAUUUCUUGUUUUGUUUUCUCAGCAUACUUAUUGCUUAGGAUGAAUCUUUCAAAUGUGUAGCUUAAUCAACUGGGGGUUUUCUUCCGUUCAUAUUCAAAAUAACUUCGAUACUACCUUUUUACACUAAUUAUUUACUUGAUGUUACGAUUUAUUUGUGAAUGCUUUUGUCUAUCGUUUUCAAUAAAACAUCUCUUUACCCAAUGUACACUUGGAUUGUUGCCUUUUUUAUUUGUUGGUUCUAUGGUUUACAAAUGAUAAUCUAAUUGUUCUUUAGAAUGUCAUAAACACUUACUGUUUGCAUUUAAUGAUGUCUUAAUAAUAAAAGUUAACACUCAGCGUAGACUGCCUUGAGUAAUAAUUCGUACACAACUACCUAUUUUAUGUUCUCCUGUAGCUCUUCUAGAGUUACUGCCGGUCUCAAGCUUGGGUAAAGAAGGAGGGUUGGACAUGGAGUCACCGACCCGAUCCCGUAGAAAAAAAUCUUGCUAAAAAAACGCUAACCGGAUUAAGCUAAUCAAACCAUCUAAACUCUACGUUGAAGGAAGAAUUAUGACCCCUCGUGAUAAAAGCCGAGAUUCUUCGGAAGUCAUGAGGUCUAUGCUUUCUCUGACAACCAGAACAACAAUUAAUAUAGGUACAUAGAAUGCUCGGACAAUGUGGGAGACCGUGAGGACCGGUCAAUAUCUACGGAACUGAGGAGGUAAAACUUGAGUGCUCGGAAUCAGUGAAGCCCACUAAACCCUAGCUGGACAGAAAAGAAGAGAUGCUGCUGUGCUUUAGUCCCGAAGAAGAAAAUGAUCCACGCUCAGGGAGUUGCUGUGCAAGGAAGCACGUAAAGCACUUAAAGGGUGGAAACCUCAUGAACUAGGGAUUAUCAAAGCGUCCUUCAAAACAGAGAAGGAGGGAAUCACAAUAAAUGUUAUCCAGUGUUAUGCAACUACCAAUGAUAGAUUAGGGAACAGAGAAACAGUUGGGUAAGAACACUGAUGAUCUUGAAUAGGCCGGCUCCAUUGGAUCCACCGGACAUCGAAGGAGCACGCAAAGAUUUUUUUAUAGAUGUCACUCCGCCAACGAUCAAGCGUAUCAACAUGGCCAUCAGACAAAUCAAUAAUGUGAAAGCAGUAAGACCUGACAAUAUACCAGCUGAAGCACUAAAGUCAGAAGUAAAAGCAACUUCAAACAUGCCCUACGUUCUAUUCGGGAAGAUUUGGGAGGAGGAACAAGUGCCAACAUAAUGGAAAGGAUAUCUAAUCAAAUUACUAAAGAAAGAUCUGAGAAAAUGUGAGGACUACAGAGACAUCACCUUACUAUCAGUACCGGGAAAGGUUUUCAACAGUGUUGCUGAACUGAGAGAAAGAUUCAGUAGACACCCAACUUUGAGACCAACAGACUGGAUUCCGUAAGGAUCGGUCGUGCACAGACCAAAUCGCGACACUACUGAUGAUCGUUGAACAAGUCAUUUGAGUAGAGUUCGUCACUGUACAUUAACUUCCUUGAUUAUGAGAAAGCAUUUGACAGUGUGGAUAGAACAUUACAGAAACUUCGACACUGUGAUGUACUUGAGAAGAUCGUCAUUAUGAUACGAAAUUGAUACUAUGUACUACACUACAAAGUCGUGCAUAGGGGCAGCUGACAGAUCAGAGUCAAACGAGGCUUCUUGCUCUCCUCCUUACCCUUCGUUUAUGUGGUUACCAUCAUUCCUUAAUACCCUGCGUCUAACCUCACUACUACUUAUCUCGUGAUUCCAGCGGAUGCGAACAAUAUUUCUAAGACAUCUGUGAUCAAAUGCUAGCAACUUGAAAGUAACCUCUACUCUUGAUGACCACGUCUCGCAGCCGUAAAGUAUAAAAGGACGAACUGCUGCGCAGGAUAUCCGUCGUUUAAUGGUAUCCGGUCAACAGAUAUUGAAUAUCUUGUGUAGACAACUGUUUAUAAAAACUUGUACCAGUUUGAUGAUGGUUGUGGUAGUUCUCCAAGUCUCAGCUCCGUAUAGUAGAACUGUCUCGAUAUUUAUGUUUAAGAUUCUGACUUUGAUGUUGGUUGACAUUUAUUUUGAGUUGCAUACGUUCUUCAAUUGUAGAAAUGCGACCCUUGCUUUGCCAAUCCCUGCCUUUGCGUCUGCAUCCGAUCCUCCAUGUUCAUCGGUAAUGUCACGGUAUUGUGGUGUCUGCUACUUAUGUAGACAUAAGUAGUAUAUGAUGUUUGUCGUGAACAGAAUGUCUAGCAGUAGAGAGACAAGAAGACCGAACAAUAAAGAAUGGAAACAGAAUGCGAUUUGUAUGAAAAUGCAAGAACAAAGGAAGUCUGAGUCGUUUGAGACAAUCGAUGGACAUUUUGCAAAUUGAGCAUUUAAUAUAUGGUUGUUAGAUUUUACUAACUAGUUCUGUAAUUUGUUGUCAAAUACAUUCGAUUGUCCCCAUUGGUGUUCUUGUUCACUACA